AUGCAGUAACUACAGAGGUAUUGCUUUAUAAGAUACGGCAUAUAAAGUCUUAUCAUAUUGUCUACUUGAUAGAGUAGUNUUCUAAGACAAAUCAUCCAAAAACGUUUGGAAUUUGACAAGGAGGUACACGUGUUAUUUGUGGAUUUCAGAAAAGCUUAUGACUCUAUACAUAGAGAAAGUCUUUUAAACAUUCUCAAAGAUUUCAAAUUCCCCAAAAAAAAUAUUAAUCUUAUUGGAGCCAGUCUUAAUCAUACAGAUAUACAGGUCCAGAUAGGUAACGUAACAUCGCAGCCAACUAGAGUAACGACAGGACUUUGGCAAAGGGAUGCUUUGUCUCCAGUGCUGUUUAAUUUAGUACUGGAGAGGGUAAUACGUGAGAUGAAUAUUUCGGAUGGAGUUAUAUUAGGACAGAUCAGAAUUGGAAUGCUAGCAUAUGCGGAUGAUAUCGCUCUUCUUGGUGAAGAUUUAGAUAUGAUAAAGAGAUUGGGAAGUAAUCUAAUAAAUACGGAAAAAAAAGUGGGCCUAACCGUUAAUGAGGAAAAAACAGAGUACCUUGUAGCUAGCCGAAGAAAUAUAAAUGGCGGUCUGGAACAAUAUAUCAAAAUUGAAAAACUCAAGUUCAAAAGAGUGUCUCAAUUUAAGUAUCUAGGGUCGAUGAUGAUGGAGGAUAACGACAUCAAGACAGAGGUGUCAACAAGGAUAAAACUAGCGAAUAGAGGAUAUUAUGGACUUGAAAAAGUCUUGAAAUCGAAGGCCUUAUCCAAAGCCCUAAAAAUCAAAAUGUACAUGACUCUACUAAGACCGAUUGUUCNGCAAACGAAUGAAUGGAGAAAACUUCAUAACGUGGAACUCCAAGGAGUUUUCCAGAGGCCGAAUAUAGUUAGAGAGAUCGCCAAGCGGAAACUAAGUUGGGCAGGACAUGCUUGGCGCAAACAGGGUACUUUGGUAAAAUGGGUGAUCGAGGAAGAGGCUAAUGGGAAAAGACCACUAGGUAGACCUAAGUUAAGAUGGGAAGAUGGUGUGAAGAGAAAAGUGGAAAAGAUAGAGCCUGGUGUCAAAUGGAGAGAAGUAGCGGAGGACAAGGAUAGGUGGCAAAGUUUAGCGUUUUCAGGAUGA